GGUUUUUUUUCUAAAGAAAGCGAACAAAGUGGAGCAUCAGCAGAGGUUCAGUGCUGGAUAAAGUGCCUGGAAAAGGGUUAAAGAGAGAGGGAGAGAGAGAGAGAGAGAGAGAGGGAGAGAGAGAGGGAGUGUGUGAUUGUCGGUAUGGAUGAGAAAGAGCUGAGAGGGAGAGGAGACGCUCGGCGCGCCGGAGAUUCCGAGGUGAGAGCUCCGUCCCCGGGACACGAGCAUCCUCCUCCUCCUCCUCCUCCUCCUCCUCCAAGUCAUCCUCAUCCUCCUCACCGAGUCACCAACUUCUUCAUCGACAACAUCCUGCGCCCGGAUUUCGGACGCAAAAAGACUGAGGAAAGUGCGCUGGGACGCAGCGAAAGCAGCAGCAGCAGCAGCAGCUCUGGGCAGCCUGGAGAGGACGGGCAGGUGGGACAGGUGGGCCGGGGGUCCACGGAGAGCACCUCCACACCUCACUCUGGGAAGAAAACCGACCCGGUGACCGAGGACGAGCCGCUGAAAGUGCGCGGAGAAAGCAAGGAGCAGUGCCUGAGCUCGGACUCGGAGCAUUCGCAACCCAACUCAUCCACUUUAACCCCGAACCAGAACCAGCAGCCCAUGCUGUGGCCCGCCUGGGUUUACUGCACGCGCUACUCGGACAGACCCUCGGCAGCCACGCCCACCGCAGGUCCCCGAACCCGCAGACCAAAGAAGAAGAGCAGCAGCAAGGAGGACAAGCGGCCGCGCACCGCCUUCACGGCCGAGCAGCUACAGCGCCUGAAGGCGGAGUUCCAGUCCAACCGCUACCUGACGGAGCAGCGGCGGCAGAGCCUGGCCAACGAGCUGGGCCUCAACGAGUCGCAGAUCAAGAUCUGGUUCCAGAACAAGAGGGCCAAAAUCAAGAAGGCUUCCGGAAUCAAGAACGCGCUGGCGCUGCACCUGAUGGCCCAGGGCCUGUACAACCACGCCACCACCACCAAGGAUGACAAAUCAGACAGCGAUUAAGGGGUGGGGCAGAGGGGAUGGGAGAGGAUUGGAGGACUGGGGGGUUCUGGAUGG